AUGUCCCCAUAUCGCAUUGUUUUUGGUAAAGCAUGUCAUUUUCCAUUAGAGCUAGAACAUAGAGCAUAUUGGGCUACGCGGAAACUAAAUUUUGAUUAUGUUGCUGCAGGUGAAGCGAGAUUGCUCCAAUUACCUGAGUUGGAUGAAUUUCGUCAGUUUUCUUAUGAGAAUGGUAAGCUUAAGUCUAGAUGGUCGGGCCCAUUCGUAGUUGAACAUGUUUAUGGACAUGGAGCGGUGGAUUUAAAGGGUUCCAAAGGUAAUAUCUUUAAGGAUCAAGAUCCGACCUUCGUCAACAUUGCACCAAACGCAAUUUAA